UGCUUCCCACCUUCGCUUCACUUCACAUCAACACACACACAAUCCUGCAAAAACACUAAUCUCCUCCUAUCUCAUUUCAUCAUCAUCUCUCUGAGUUUCUUGUUCAGAACAGUUGCAAUGGACGCUACCAAAGAAGCCUCCGUUACCGAUUUGAAGAGACCGAGAGAAGAGGAUGAUAACGCCGCAGCUAACGGCGACCAGACAAAGGAGCCGGCUUGUUUCUCCUCAGUGAUUCCUGGGUGGUUCUCCGAGAUGAGUCCCAUGUGGCCAGGAGAGGCACACUCUUUGAAGGUUGAGAAAGUUUUGUUUCAAGGCAAAUCAGAUUACCAGGACGUGGUUGUUUUCCAGUCUGCGACAUAUGGGAAAGUGUUGGUGUUGGAUGGAGUUAUCCAACUUACAGAGAGAGACGAAUGCGCUUAUCAGGAAAUGAUCACUCAUCUUCCUUUGUGCUCUAUCCCAAACCCAAAAAAGGUAUUGGUCAUAGGAGGAGGAGAUGGAGGUGUCCUGCGUGAAGUUGCACGCCAUGCUUCUGUUGAGCAGAUUGACAUGUGUGAAAUUGAUAAAAUGGUGGUUGACGUGUCUAAGCAGUUUUUCCCUAAUGUAGCAAUUGGAUUCGAUGAUCCUCGAGUGAACCUCGUCAUUGGUGACGGUGUUGCUUUCUUGAAGAAUGCUGCUGAAGGUUCAUAUGAUGCGGUCAUUGUUGACUCAUCAGAUCCAAUCGGUCCUGCAAAAGAGCUGUUUGAGAAACCUUUUUUCCAAUCAGUGGCGAGAGCUCUUCGUCCAGGUGGAGUAGUGUGCACUCAGGCUGAAAGCUUGUGGCUUCACAUGGACAUCAUCGAAGACAUUGUUUCCAACUGUCGUGACAUCUUCAAGGGUUCUGUGAGCUAUGCAUGGACUAGCGUUCCAACAUACCCUAGUGGGGUUAUUGGAUUUAUGCUCUGUUCAACAGAGGGACCUCAUGUUGACUUCAAAGUCCCAAUGAACCCUAUUGAUGACAGCUCCAGCAAAUCAAAUGGACCCUUGAAGUUCUACAACGCUGAGAUUCAUUCAGCUGCCUUCUGCUUACCUUCUUUUGCCAAGAAGGUGAUUGAGUCAAAAACCUCUAAUUGAAAAAGGAUAGAAAUAGUUUGGAGGAUCGUUUGCAUUUAUCAAAAUAAAAGCUUUUUAGAAUGUCUUGUUUGUUUCAAACAAAUGCAAACCAUUAUCUUCUUUCUAGUCAUAAUAGCAUCAUUACACAUUACAUAUUAGCAAAGCUUCUCUACAAGUUUAUUUGCCUCCUGUCUCUUUACCACUCAUUAGAGGUUUAGCUUGUUCUACAUCAGCCUUGUUUCUCAAAAUCCUAGUCUUACAAUCAUGGUAACGUACAACACAAGCCAACCAUUUAACCACAUUACCAACACAAAUCAAACCUACAUAGAAACCAGUGUACAACACACCCUUCCCACUUGAACUUAAACUGCAUUUAGAGUAUAAACACGGCAUCCUCGUCACAACAGCAAAGACCAAGAACAUCAACAUCAUCCAUACGUCACACUUCUCAUGUCCUUUUCGAUACCAAGCUGAAAGAGACAGAGCAUCACUUCCAUAUACGCCUUCAUCACCAUCUUCUUCUAAGACAGAAACUACCAAACUCAUGUUCCAUCCUGCACUCCACUUGAUGAACUUUGCAGUCAGGUACAUGAAGAGAGUAGCCUGAACAAGAACCACCAUCGCGUAGAUCAGAAACGGUACUAGGUCGAGUAAGGUUUGACGUUGGUGUACGAGACUAACAAUGUUUAAACUGUCCGCCCAAUGAGAGAAGAAACCGAAGAAAAACAAAAGAAAGAAAGGAAGGAAAAAGAGGAACACAGAGGUUGAUAAGAGAAGAACAUAAAGAGAUGUGAUCAGACAACCUCCUAGUCUCUUCUGACAUAUCUUGAUAGAUCUCCGUACCAGAUCAAGCAACCCCAAGGGUUCUUCCUUUGACGUGUAAACUGUUGAAGAUGCUGCAACGAUUGUGGUGGUGGUGAUGAGGUCGAGAAUGGUGUAAGGGAAGAAGUAGAGCAGAGAUGUCUUGAUCAGACAUGGAAUCAGAUCGUUUUCAGACAAGUCCUCCCAAAUAUUGCGUUGUUGGUAAAGCGGCUGGUAAGUGAGAUAGUUGGUGGCUUGCACAAACAGAUCGUUCUGUGACAAAUCCUUCUCAACGUUGACUUGUUUGGAGAGGAAUUGGUAAGUGAAAGAGAGGGUGGUUUGGAGGGAGAGCUCAAAGAAGAUCAAGAAACAGAACAGUGGGAGAGAACAGAGGAAGAUGAUGAGUGGUAGAUUGAUGUUGCUCAAGAGUAGCUUCACAGCUUGUUUUAGUAGCUCGAUGACACUUAGCUUCUUGUCCAUCUUCAUCUCUGUUGAUUAUGAGCUCUCUUUAUUUUUAUUUUUUUGCAGUAGAAGAAAGAAGAUCAAAGAUAUGUAAUAUUUGGUAUUCGAUAAAAAUUAAUGGUCGCUGUCCUUCAUUGACUUUGACUUUGACCUUUUUUACUUCAUCUGUGUCAUGUUGAAUGGUCG